AUGCUUUCGCCCGCGUCGACGCGGCACGUUCCCACGGCACCUGUCGUGGGGAGCACAGGAGGAAAGCCGACUGUGCGAGCAGUACCAUGGGACGCCUGUCGUCAGGCGACCUGGGCCGCGACCGCAGCGCUUGUCGCUGCAGCGGCGCGGCCACGACAUUCGCUCGGGUUCGCCGGGCGGUGCUCCGCCUCCUGGCGAUCUUUGCGUCGAAGGGCAGCCUGUCGAGCCGGAGGAGAACUGGGGCUCGCCUACGAUGCGAAAGUGCUCGAGGAUUAUUUCGCAUGGCGCCCACUCGCCGUGGUGUGGAGGCUCCUGGUUUUCCUCAGCGUGGCCCUGCAGACAGGCGUGGGCGCCGUGGCGGAUCAGGUCAUGAUAGGUUCUGAGCAGCCAGAGGAGCUCCAAAGAAGGGCAGCGGUUCGGCUGAAGGAGCUCCUCAUCUCUUUGGGCCCCACCUUCGUGAAGCUGGGUCAGUCGCUGUCCGUGCGUCCCGACGUUCUCAACGAGAUUUUCCUAGCGGAGUUUCAGGAGUUCCAGGACGGCGUGGCGCCCUUCGACCAUAACGAGGCUGUGAAAUUGGUUCUGGAAGGUUUGGGCAUUCGCGACCUCUCCGAGCGUUUCCGGACCUUCGCAUCGAAGCCGGUGGCUGCUGCCAGCUUGGGCCAGGUCUACAAGGCAGAGCUCUUGGAUGGCAGCCGCGUGGCAGUGAAGGUUCAACGGCCGAACCUCGCCGAGACCGUUAGCCUCGACCUUGUUAUUGCCAGGCAGAUCGCCAAGUUUCUCAUGUCCUUCAACGAUUUCCUCCCCGAAGGCCUCCAGAAUAGCGACCUUAUCGGCUUCGUGGAUGCUUUUGGCCAGCGGGUUUUCGAGGAGUUGGACUACGAGAUGGAGGUGAAGAAUGCCCAACGCUUCCGAGAGCUCUACGGAGAUCAAGCGAAGCUGAAGGUCCCUCGCAUGUACCCCAAGCUGGCCACAAGACAAGUUAUCGUCAUGGAGUGGAUCGAUGGCGUCAAGCUGACAGAUGUGGAAGCGAUACGAGGUCUUGGACUCGAUCCACUGACGUUCAUCACAAUUGGCAUCGAGUGCUCCAUGCGGCAGCUACUGGAGCACGGCUUCUUCCACGCGGAUCCGCAUCCCGGGAACUUCUUCGUGACCAAGCAGGGGGAGCUCUGCAUCCUCGACUUCGGUAUGAUGAGUGAGAUGCCUAAGGACGCCCGGCUGUCCGUUAUCCAGCACAUCGUGCACAUUGUAAAUCGCGACUAUCGUGGAAUGGCGGCCGACUACCAUGAGCUCGGCUUCCUUUCCCGCGACAUCGACGUGCGGCCCAUUGCUCCCAAGCUCGAGGCCUUUUUCGAGCCUCGCUUGGCCCCUGCCCGAGUGGCCGCCAUUAGCUUCAAAACCAUCGUGGAUGGCCUCACAGAGGUCGUUUUCCAGAACUACCCCUUUACAGUGCCGGCCUUCUAUGCACUCGUCGUGCGUUCUUUGGUCAAUCUGGAGGGCUUGGCACUGUCCAUCGACGAGGACUAUCGGGUCCUUGAGGCGGCGUACCCCUACGUGGCGCGGAGGAUUCUUCUCGACUCAGAGCUGCGAAGCAGUCUGAUGGAGUUGCUUUUCAGCUCUCUCCCAAGCACCGGCGCGGCCACCUUUGCCAGCUUCGCUGGGACCGCGCGGCCAACUUGCUCCGGGAGUCCUCCAAGAGCAGCAUCAGUGUUCCUGGGCGGAAGACGGCCGACGGACGAUCCGAUGACACGGCCCUGCUGGUAG